GAGUAAAGUACUGGUUGGACUUGGGAGCAUUUGUACUCCAUUGUCUCAGGAUUUCUUCAUCAUCAUCAAAAAUAAAAAGAAAAAAACCAUCUCGAUCCAGUAGUACUACUACCCUCAUCAACCAUGUUUUUUUUCCUAAAAAAUAUGCCUUCCCCAUCAUCAGUGUUCUCAGCCUAUGCAUCCCUAUCGGCUUCAUUUCUCUUGUUCCAAACCGUGUUCAACCAAUUCUUACCCAAUAAAGCCCAACAAUUCAUCCUCUCAGCAGUCCAGUACUAUCUAAGCCCUCAAUUGUCAAGUAAUGUAACCCUAAUCAUUGAAGAAAACAUCAAUGGUUUGACUAGAAAUGAACUUUUUGAAGCUUCUGAAACCUACUUGUUCACAAAGGUCACCUCCUCCAGUGCUGAAAAGCUCAAGGUUAGCAAAGGCUCCAGGGACCAAAACUUCACCACCAGAUUCGCACAAUGUGAGCAGAUCUUUGAUUCUUUUGGUGGAAUGGAGCUUAAAUGGAGAUUUCAUUGCCAAGAGUCCCAGAAAGACUGGAAAAGUGAAGAUGAUCGAGCGUCCGAAAGGCAGUACUGGUUUGAGCUGAGUUUCCACAAGGAACACAGAGACAAGGUGUUGGAGUCAUAUUUGGGUUUCAUUCUCUCAAAAGCCAAAGCCCUGAAGAACGAAAAGAAGGUUGUGAAACUAUACACCCUAGCACAAUGCUCAACGUAUGGAGUAGCAAAAUGGGACAGCAUCAACUUCGAACACCCAUCGAAUUUCAACACACUCGCCAUGGACCCAGAUAUGAAGAGGCAUAUAAUCGAAGAUCUGGAUAGGUUCGUGCGAAGGAAGGAGUUUUACAAGAAAGUGGGUAAGGCUUGGAAACGAGGCUACUUGCUGUACGGGCCACCGGGAACGGGGAAAUCGAGUCUCAUUGCUGCCAUGGCUAAUUACCUCAAGUUUGAUGUCUACGAUUUGCAACUAUCCGACCUCAAUUCUGAUUCCUACUUGAGGAAAGUGUUGCUGGCCACCACCAAUAGGUCUAUCCUUGUCAUCGAAGAUAUUGACUGCAGCGUGGACCUCACUGCAAACACACAGUUCCAGUGCGUGGCUCCUGGGGGUCACGGUGGUGAACUACAGUUGACGCUCUCAAGCCUAUUGAACUUCAUAGAUGGUCUUUGGUCAAGCUGCGGAGACGAACGCAUCAUCAUAUUCACCACCAACCACAAAGACCGGCUCGACCCUGCCCUAUUGCGCCCUGGUCGUAUGGACAUGCACAUUCACAUGUCUUAUUGCACUUUUCAAGGAUUCAAGCUCCUAGCCUCCAAUUACCUCGACAUUAAUAACCACCACGGGUCGUUCGGCCAAAUAGAAGGAUUGAUGGAGAACACAGAGGUUACCCCAGCCGAAGUAGCAGAAGAAUUAAUGAAGAGUGAGGAUGCUGAUAUUGCGCUCUCCGGAGUUGUCAAUUUCCUCAAGCGCAAGAAGAUGGAAGCCAACAGUACUGCUGAUACCAAGGAAGAAAAAAGUAGUGCCAUUGACGUCGUGGAAGCAAAGAGGAUGAAAUUGGAGGAUGUUAUGAGGAAUUCUGGUAGAAAGAUUGGGAGAGGUGUUGUAAGAAGAAAGUGUCGCCAACGUUAGCUAAUGAAUAAAUUAAGAAAUUAAUGAGUUCACGCCAACGCUAAGAUUGUCCGUUCCACCAAGGCUAGAAAAUUUGGUUACAUUAAUGUAACUUUAAUUAUAUUUACCACUUAAUCCUCUCGUACGGUUUAAUUAGGAAUGCAUUUCAUAUAUAUUUCCAUUGCA